ACGAGAGGCGCUGAAAGGCUGCGUGCGCGGUUCCCAUUAGGACUGGAGCGGAGAGGAGCUGGGAUUGACCACGGCGACCAUGGAAGCGGGUUCAGAGUGCCGCACGGCUAGCGCGCUGUUUGCGGGGUUCCGGGCCUUGGGGCUCUUUAGCAACGACAUUGCACACGUGGUGCGGUUCAGUGCGCUGAAGCGCCGGUUCUAUGUGACGACCUGCGUGGGCAAGAGCUUCCACACCUAUGACGUUCAGAAACUUAGCCUGGUUGCAGUAAGUAACUCUGUUCCACAGGAUAUCUGCUGUAUGGCAGCUGAUGGGAGACUUGUCUUUGCUGCUUAUGGGAAUGUUUUCUCUGCAUUUGCCCGUAAUAAAGAGGUAGUACAUACCUUUAAGGGUCAUAAAGCAGAAAUCCAUCUUUUGCAACCCUUUGGGGAUCACGUUGUCUCUGUUGAUACUGACAGUAUUGUUAUUAUUUGGCACAUAUAUUCAGAAGAAGAAUAUCUGCAAUUGACUUUUGAUAAGUCAGUAUUUAAAAUUUCUGCAAUUUUGCAUCCAAGUACCUACUUGAAUAAAAUACUUCUGGGCAGUGAACAAGGAAGCCUGCAGUUAUGGAAUGUAAAAUCCAAUAAACUUCUGUAUACAUUUCCAGGAUGGAAAGUUGGAGUGACAGCUCUUCAGCAGGCACCAGCUGUGGAUGUUGUUGCCAUUGGUCUUAUGUCGGGCCAGGUUAUCAUUCACAACAUUAAAUUCAAUGAAACGUUAAUGAAGUUUCGUCAAGACUGGGGACCCAUUACUUCAAUAUCAUUUCGCACAGAUGGUCAUCCAAUAAUGGCAGCUGGAAGCCCAUGUGGACAUAUUGGACUCUGGGAUCUAGAAGACAAAAAACUAAUCAAUCAAAUGAGAAAUGCACACUCUACAGCAAUUGCCGGGAUGACAUUUCUCCAUAGAGAGCCACUUCUUGUCACAAAUGGCGCUGACAAUGCUCUCCGGAUAUGGAUAUUUGAUGGUCCUACAGGCGAAGGCCGACUUCUGAGAUUCAGAAUGGGACAUAGUGCUCCUCUUACCAGUAUCAGAUAUUACGGACAAAAUGGACAACAAAUUCUAAGUGCAAGCCAAGAUGGAACUCUUCAGUCAUUUUCUACAAUACAUGAAAAAUUCAACAAGAGCUUGGGACAUGGAUUAAUAAAUAAAAAGAGAGUCAAACGUAAAGGACUUCAGAAUACCAUGUCAGUGAGACUUCCACCCAUCACAAAAUUUGCAGCAGAGGAAGCUCGUGAGAGUGACUGGGAUGGUAUCAUUGCUUGCCAUCAAGGUAAGCUAUCUUGCUCAACCUGGAAUUAUCAAAGAUCCACAAUAGGUGCUUACUUUCUCAAGCCAAAAGAGUUGAAGAGUGAUGAUGUAACUGCAACAGCAGCGGACAUAACCUCUUGUGGAAAUUUUGCUGUAAUUGGCCUCUCAUCAGGAACUGUAGAUGUAUAUAACAUGCAAUCUGGUAUACAUCGAGGAAGUUUUGGUGAGGGUCAAGCUCAUAAAGGAUCUGUUAGAGGUGUUGCAGUGGACGGAUUAAACCAGUUGACAAUUACAACUGGUAGUGAAGGAUUACUCAAAUUCUGGAACUUUAAAAACAAAACUUUAAUCCAUUCUAUGAACCUUAAUUCAUCUCCAAAUAUGAUGCUGCUACAUAGAGACAGUGGCAUUCUGGGACUCGCCUUGGAUGACUUCUCCAUUAGUGUUCUGGACAUAGAAACUAGGAAGAUUGUCAGAGAGUUUUCUGGACACCAAGGCCAAAUAAAUGACAUGCCUUAUAGACUGCUUUUUGUUGGACUCAGCUCCUCUCAAUGUUACUAUGUCGCCUACUGGAGAUUUUCUGGCAACUUCCCAUGUGGACCACCUUGGAAUAUAUCUAUGGUCCAAUAUUUCCCUGUAUUCAGUUGUUUCAUUACGGCCACUUCCUACAGAUUAUGUCCCUUCAGUCGUGAUGCUUCCUGGUACUUGUCAAACCCAAGAUGUAGAAGUAUCAGAAGAAACAAUAGAACCAAGUGAUGAAAUGAUAGAGUAUGAUUCGCCAGAACAACUGAAUGAGCAAUUGGUGACUCUUUCACUUCUCCCUGAAUCACGGUGGAAGAACCUUCUUA